CCUCCGGUGCCAGCGGUCUCAUUCCUCGCGCGAUCCGGUCCGGCAUUCUUCGCGGCCGCUCUCAACGGUUCUUUUUUACGACCGGUGUUUGGUGUUUUGUUUCCCCCUCGUCCUCGUCCUUCGCCUUUUCGCUUUUUUCGCACGCUCGACCGUUAGCAUCCUCCCGCUCUCGGUGUUAUCAGUGGUGGCUUAUCAGUGUUUCGCGCGGUUUACCUACCCCUCGCUUAUCAGUGGUGUUGUGCGAUGUAGUGUGGGAGUUCCGCGGUGAGGGGUUUCGUUUCGGGUGAUUUUUAAGUAUGUGACGAGUGGUGAGUUUCCCGAUGAGAUGGAUUAACGAUCGGAUUUUGGAUUAACCUUGUGGGCAGCUCACCGGAAAAAUAUCAUCAAUUGGAUGGUUUAGAAUGGGAUCGGCCAGCCAUGGAAGUCAAAGUCCAGGAAGGUUAUUCAACAAAGGGCCCAGAGCCUCGAAGAAGAAGGAUACGAUGCAGCACUCCGACUUCUACGACGAUGAACUUGACGACUCCGGCUUGGCGCCCCCUCCCAGAUCUAUCUCACUGACUGCUUUAAACUCUGGUCAAGUUCCUCUAGAACCAAGAAUAUCGCAACUAGAAACAUUAGAAGCCAAAAUGGCGAGUAUAGAGGUGUCACUUUCUACAUCGCCGAGGAAAAGAAAAAACGGAAGUCAUUCGUCUCUUUCAUCUCCUAUCAUUUACACCUCAAAUACUCAAUUACCAGAAACUUAUGUCAAAGCCAAAGCCUUAGACGUCCUCAGGAACGCUUUUAAAGAUAAGGAAAAUCUCAACAUAAUUAACAACAAUAAGGGGGAGCUGAACGGAGUGGGAGGACCGGUGCCGCCGCGGAAGCCGGGCAAGGAGACGAAGAACAAUGGCGGGGGUGGAGGGAACCCUCCGACCGGAGCACCGGCCAACACGACGACGACGACAACGACGACGACAACGACGAACGGGGUCGCUCUGGCCCCGACCCCGACCCCGCUGGGGGCCCCGACCUCCGGGCAACCUCUGAGCGAGAAGGAGCGGCGCAGCGCCCAGGAAAAGCUCAAGAACCUCAAAGUCGAAGCCGAGAGUAAGCGCCACGUCGUCAAGAACAUCAAGCUCGCCCUCGACCGACUCGACAUCUCUGAUAACAUCGACACUCGGAUUCAGCAGGCAGAGCUCGAGUACCAACUGGGCCGCGAGGAGCUGAAUCUACUCACCAUCAUGGAGGAGAGUCGCAACAUCCAGGCUUGUCUCGACGAGGAAAAGCUCAGUCAAACCAGAGCUGACAACGUCACUAUUUUCGAUUAUGUGCAGCAGAAUAAGCAAAUCAGUAUUCACGCAGUCGAAAUAAAUUUUGACCCAAAAAGUCCGAGAUUUGGAGCAGGCUCCAGGGAUCAUUUUCCAGGGCUCUACGUCGAAUGGGCCACGGAAGAUUCGGACCUCAUGAAAGGCGACCGAUUACUGGAAAUCAACGGAAAGGUUGUGAUGGGCAUGAAGAGCAAAGAAGACAUGAACCUCUUAUUGGCCGUGUCGCCGAAACCGGCCCAAAUCGUCCUCCUGCGGAACCGGCGGCUCUCGCAGACGUCCGAGCAGCUCAUGUUCAACCUCCGCGAGGAGCUCAACUCCUUCCGGGAAAAAGCCGGCGAGGCCGAGAGGACGCGCGACAGCUUCAGGAGCGACAACCUUCGCCUCACUCACCGGAUAUCCUACCUCGAGGAGCAAGUGGCCCCUCCCCCGCCAGCUACAAGUCCCUGCCGCCCAAGGGCGAAGUCCAAGUCUUCCAGAAGGGACCCCAAGUCACGACCCUGGUGGCCGGUCUCCCCGGCCUCACGCAGAACAGCCUGCCGACGAUCCGACCAAAGAACAACCACAAGUCCGACGAGGUCCUCUCCGAGAAGUCCCUCGAUGUAAAAAGCACCAAGUCCCUAGAUCUAGGAAAAGCCUCGCUCGAGUCCUUCAUGUCCAAGCACUUCCGGCGGAAGAAGCACCACCAGCACACGAACCACGACACGUUCCCGAAGAAGUCGAGCGAGAUGAAGGCCAGCGCGGACUCGCUGGACAUCAUCCAGGGCUACAUCCAGGAGACCAAGGACAACAUCCACCUGCACCAGAGGAAGAAGAGCGACUCCAUCCUCUACGGCAUGAACCACUACAGCCUCGAGUCCGACGCCGGCAAGUCGCCGCUGAUCAAGUCCAAGCAGCGGAUAUACUCCAACGCCAGCCUGGAGUGCAACUCCUCCGACGAGUUCAGUCGGCGGAACUCCCCGAGCGUCCCGAACGGGAAGAAAGUCGAGAACAUGUCCGAGCACAGGAACCAGUACCUGCGGAACGCCAGGAACACCCUCAUGGAGUACGCCAAGUCGGAGACGGGCGUGAACCUACGCGGGAGUCGAAACCAGUUCUUCAGCGACUCCCGGCGGAAGGUGAACGGAGGUGACUGUGACUCGGAACCCGGGGGCUAUGCAUCCCGGCAGAACAUCCACCAAAUGCUCAAUUCCCUGAAGAGCAAGAAGACUUACGAUUACGGGUCGGACUACGGGUCGCCGAACUUGAGGCACCACUACAAGAACGGUAAUAGCACUCUUGAGAGGGAUGGGAAGCUUCAGCAGCUCCAGCACCCGCCCUCGCCGUCCCUGUCGCAGAAACCGAUCCCCCCGAAGAAGCCGAUUCGGUUGUCCAUCUCGAGGGCGGCCAGUCUCCAGUCGGUCGAGUCCUCGCCGUCGCAGCCCAGGCACUCUUGCGAUUCACCGGGCUCGAAGAAAUCUCUGAAACGGAAUCACAAAGGUGAGGCGCCUCCUAUCCCCACUCAGCACCAUCAGUCCCCGGGCCUGCCCAGGAGUGUCACCAAAACCUACGUUCGAAUUAAUCCAACCGAAAAGUGGUGCUGAGUCUCCGCAGAGCAGUUCUGCUGUGCGAAGGAAAACCGCCGUAUGAGCCUUCAGGCGUUGCCAAAUUUCCGUUGGUAAUUCACGAAUUU